AUGGACAAGAAUGGAGAAGGGGGAGAACAAGGAAUCAUGGCAGCCAAUAUUGAACCACCAGAUAUCAAGUCUUCAAUCGAGCCACCUCAGGCCUCCCAACCUUCGAAUUUAGGCGAUCGCCCAGCAUGCUUCAAGUCUACUAUCCAGGAAUGCCUCUUCGUUUUAACAGCAACGAUGUCUAUUGGCAUGUCGUCCUUUCUCUAUGGGAUCUGUACAGUGAUUACUGCUCCCAUUGGACGAGAUCUCAAUAUGAGUAGUGCGCAAAUCACGUGGAUCACUGCCUCUUCCUCCCUCAGCUCUGGAGCCUUCCUCCUCUUCUUCGCAAAAGUAGCAGACACCUUCGGCCGCCGCUCCCUCCUCCUCACCUCCAUGGGCGCCUUCUCCCUCGCCAGCCUCACCACCGGCUUCGCCACAAACGCAAUGUACAUGGACGUCCUCUGCGGGCUCCUCGGCCUCUUCAGCGCUGCCGCCGUUCCCCCCGCAGUCGGGAUUCUCGGUGCGGCUUACGAAGUGCCCUGUAAGAGGAAGAACUACGCUUUUGCGUGUUUUAGUGCGGGGAAUCCCGUGGGUUUUGUCAUGGGCAGUGUGCUCUCUGGGGUGGUUGCGAGUGUGUUUAAUUGGAGGGCGAGCUUUUAUCUUCUGGCGAUUGUGUAUGCGGGGUUCUUUGUGGCGGCUAUUUGGACGGUGCCGAGGACGCAGGAGGGGAUGACGGAGAAGGUGGAGUGGAGUGUGUUGAAGAAGUUUGAUUUGUUGGGGGUGGGGUUGAGCAUUACUGGGAUUGCAUUGUUUUGUUCGAGUUUGACGAUUGCUGGUGAUGCUCCGAAGGGAUGGAGCACCGGAUAUGUCAUUGCACUGCUGGUGCUUGGUGUUGUUCUCAUGGUGGGGUUUGUUGGCUGGGAGGCUUUCUACAAGUAUCCGCUCAUGCCUCUUCACGUUUGGAGGGACAAGAACUUCUCUCUUAUAAACGUCGUCGUCCUUCUCGGAUUCCUGUCUUUCAACAUGAGUGCAUUUUGGCUCUCACUGUUCCUGCAGAACGUUCUCGGCUUUUCGUCCUUGAAAGUUGCAAUCCAUCUUCUUCCCAUGGCAAUCGGCGGAAUUGCCGUCAACAUCAUUGCGGGUCUGGUACUUCAUAAAAUCAACAACAAAAUUUUGACUGGCAUCGGUGCUCUCGCAUACCUUGGGUCAUCACUUCUCUUGGCGACCAUGGAAGUGGAUAGCUCCUACUGGGCUUUCAUAUUUCCUUCAUUGCUUCUAUCUGUUAUUGGAGCUGAUUUGGAGUUCAAUGUCGCUAAUAUGUACGUAAUGUCCUCGCUUCCGCCAGCUCAGCAAUCUGUUGCGGGUGGGAUUUUCAACACAGUGAUGAAAAUAUGCUCUGCAGUUGGACUUGGUAUUUCCUCGAGUAUCUACAGUGCCCAGAGUGAUGGCCAUGCUGCUUUGCAGACUGCCUUCCGACCGUACAAGAUGGUCUUCUGGUUUGGUGUUGGUGUUUCGGCAGCGGCAUUACUCUUUGUUCCAUGGUUUAGUAUUGGUACGCAGGGGCACAUGGAGGAGAGUGCCGAAGUGGUGGCAGUGGUUGGUGGUGGGAUGGAAAAGGAGCAGGAUCCAGAGACCGUUCAAGAGAAGAAGAUAUGA